UUUAUUUAUUAUGGUUAAGUGUUAUCUUCGAAAGAGAAGCUUUUGUAGAAUGUACCGUUGAAGAAAAGAAAGAUUUCCCUGGGUUUUUAAACGGGUAUUAAUGGAGGAAAAAAAUUUUUCUUAAAAAAAAAAAAAAUUGUUUUUAUGUAGUGAUAAAACUGGGUCCAAGCAACCACCAAUUUGUUUUCAUGCACAGAUUAUAGAGGAAACUUCAACGUGUGGUCUCGCGAAUGAACUCACUUCAAUCCGCCAAUUUAUCUCUGUAACUCCUUUUGCAGAACCCCAAAAAUCCCUGCUUCCAAGACAUCACAACAAUAUCCAAGAACCCAACAAGAUUAUCAAGAAACUGAAGAUAGAUGAUAGACAGGAAAAGGUUGCCCAUGGAGAACGUGAAGGAGAAUGGAACCAUGAAAAAUUAUGAAGUGGAGACACCCAAAAAUAUAACCAUCAAAGGUAUUCUAAGUUUGCUGAUGCAAAGUAUUGAUGAGAAAGAUGAUAGGAGUGCGAUUUCUCUUGGUAUGGGUGACCCUUCUACUUAUUCUUGCUUUCACACCACACCUAUUGCUCAACAAGCUGUUGUUGAUGCUCUUCAAUCUGACAAGUUCAAUGGUUAUUCCCCUACUGUUGGCCUUCCUCAAACUAGAAGGGCAAUUGCUGAUUACCUAUCUCGUGAUCUUCCUUACAAGUUGUCAUCUGAUGAUGUUUUCAUCACAUCUGGUUGCACACAAGCCAUUGAUGUUGCUUUGGCAAUGCUUUCUCAUCCGGGUGCGAACAUCUUACUCCCAAGGCCAUGCUUCCCCAUUUAUGAACUUUGCGCUGCGUUUAGGGGUCUUGAAGUUCGACACUUUGAUCUUCUCCCGGAGAAAGGUUGGGAGGUUGAUCUUGAUGCAAUUGAGGUUCUUGCAGAUCAGAAUACUGUCGCAUUGGUUAUCAUAAACCCUGGGAAUCCUUGUGGGAAUGUAUACUCUUAUCAACAUUUGAAAGAGAUUGCAGAGAUGGCAGAAAAGCAUAAAAUUCUUGUUAUUGCUGAUGAAGUUUAUGGACACCUUGCUUUUGGGAAUAAUCCAUUUGUGCCAAUGGGAGUUUUUGGAUCCAUUGUUCCUGUUCUUACCCUUGGUUCUCUAUCAAAGAGAUGGAUAGUGCCUGGAUGGCGACUUGGCUGGUUUGUGACGACUGAUCCAUCUGGCAUGUUUAGAAAACCAAAGGUUGUUGAUCGUAUUAAGAAGUACUUCGACAUUUUGGGAGGACCUGCAACCUUCAUCCAGGCAGCAGUACCUUGCAUUCUUGAGCAAACAGAUGAAGUUUUUUUCAAGAAAACCAUCAAUAUACUGAAGCAGGCAUCAGAGAUUUGUUGUGAUAGGAUAAAGGAGAUCCCUUGCAUCACUUGUCCGCACGAGCCUCAGGGAUCUAUGGCUGUUAUGAUGAAACUGAAUCUUUCACUAUUGGAAGAUAUCUCUGAUGAUAUUGAUUUCUGCUUCAAAUUGGCCAAAGAAGAAUCUGUUAUUAUUCUUCCAGGAACUGCAGUGGGCCUAAAAGAUUGGCUUCGUAUAACUUUCGCUGCUGAUCCAGCAUCGCUUGAAGAAGCUUUAGGGAGGGUAAAAUCUUUCUGUCAAAGGCACACCAAAUAUAUAUACUAAACUACUAAUAAUAAAAAAUCAGACACUGGCCAGUGCAGCUAUCAAUGAUCACAUGAUAGAUUCUUCCUAAUGGAGAAGCUGUUGAAACUUGAAAGUGGUUAUAUGCAAGCUCUCAAUGGCCAUAUCGUUUAAUUUUUAAACAAAAACAGACCUUAAAGUAUCUGUGUCAGAUAGGUACAGAAAAGAAAGGACUGCUAGACAUGAACUUAACCAGAGUUCAAUGCAUACAAGUCCAUGUGACAUAUAGAUGACAAAUUUUACUAUUUGAAGGUCUUGCUGAUAAAAAAUCUCCUUGCAAUAGUUUCAUUGGAAUGUAUUAAACACUAUUCAAAAUUUUAAGCACCUCAAUUCAAUUUAAGAUUCUCUUUUUUUUUU